AUGCCAGAUCCUAGACCUCCAACGCGGGUCAGCGUUGCGUGUGACCGUUGUCGAAGAAAUAAACAACGGUGUGACACCGCUGAACCAUGCGGAAAAUGUAUUCAAGCCGCCGUGCCGUGCACAAAAUCCGAUCUACCUCCACCACAUAAGAAAGCACGAACCUUGAGUCGCGCACAAUCUCACGAGGCCAAUGCCACAGCUGUUCGAAGCUGUGCGAGUCCUCUGACAUCCGGUCCAAGUCUCAACAGGCAGCUUUCAGAAUUCGACCUUCAGCCACCUCGCGAUGCAUCUUUCGCCCAGGCGUUUCAUCGCCAAUCUGCCAGUGGCGCGAUCAACGAUCAUCAGGAUCGAAGUUCUCGCUACAGUCCAAUUGCUGUGGAGCAAGGUAGAUCGCCUGUGCGGGCGGAGAAAUCGGUAUUAGCAGAUCUAGGCGGCUCAGAGUCUGCAGUGGACAUCACGAAGAAGAUCUUGGGAUAUGGAACCUCUCCUCUGGCAACAGACCGGGCUACGUUUGCCAUUCCAGGUGGAGGUCCGAACAGGUCCCUGAGCUCGAUAUCAACCUCGCGGACGCUCUUGCCAGUUUCGCAAAUCGUUGGUGUCGACCUUCCGGAGCGAACACUUUGUGACGCCUUGAUCGAUGCAUAUUUCUACUCUGUACAUUGGUUUUCUCUUGUCGUUUACGAGCCCAAAUUCCGCCAAACUUAUUCCAGAGUAGUUGAAAAUGGUUUCGCGGAGCCCUCUGAUCGACCCUUCCUGCUUUUGCUCUUGAUGGUUCUUGUGAUGGGCUGCUGGUACGGCCCAGGUCUAGGACAUGAUGGGAUAGCCCCGGCGACCGAGUUGGCCGACCUACGCAAUACCUACCUGCGUGUUAUUCGCUCCAGUCUGAUGGAUCUGAUGGAUGACGACUGCCUCGAGUUUGUCCAGCUCUGCAUCCUCCUUGGUAGCUAUUGGCUUUAUUGGGGCCGGCCCAAAAGUUCCUUUUCCAUUCUGGGCGCAGCAACCAAAUCUUCUCAGGCCAUCGGAUUGCAUCGAGAUCCUGACAAACGAGUUUCCCUUGCGGAUGCUGAGGAGCGAAAGCGCAUCUGGUGGACAAUAUACACAUGGGAUAGGUUUGCUACUAUCAUAUAUGGAAGACCUCUUGGCAUCAACGACAAGGAUUGCAACGUCGCAAUGCCAACAAGUUUCCCAGAGGACAUUAAUUUCACACUGCCCGACGAGAAAACCCCAGUUUCCCUAUCCCCAUAUCAGAUUCAGCUGAACCGAGUCUAUCAAAUUGCGUCUCCGCUCUUGGAGAACAUCUAUGGAAUUCGAUUCUCCACUGAUCCCUCUCUCCGCUCCGAAAUGCCAGCGAUGAUCACCAGGAUUGACCAGAUGAUGCGAGACUGGCAGGAAAAAUUACCAGUAGACUUGAAUCUCGAGAAAAAAGGCGACAUCGGUCUCACAACGCCAAUUGAGGCUAAGCUGCACCGACUACAGGCCCUUGCAUUACAGCUCACAUACGACAAUCUAAUGAUUGUAAUCCACAGGCCUCUUUUGGCGGACCAACGCCAUAAAAGAUCCACUGGUGGUAACCAGAACGCGAUCCACGCCCAGUCAUCUACACUCAACACCAGCACCCAUCGUAACAGCUUCCAGCAAUGUCUCAACUCUGCUUUGAGGAUUUCCCGCAUUCAGCAAUGCAACAGAAAUUUAUUGGCACUUGCUCGCCGAACCCAUCUGGUCUCAUUCAUAGGCAUGAAUCUCUUCACGUCAUCUGUCGUCAUGUUCAUCUGCGCAUUGUCAGACACACUGUCCGACCUCGCUCAGGAAGCAAAAAGAGGCAUCACUCGCAACUUGAAGAUGCUGAAACUCCUCUCCGGGGAUGGAUCGCUGUCAAUGCAGUGCAGCAAGAUUCUGGAGGAUCUAGUACAGAUCAUCGUCGACAAGGAGAAAGAAGAAAUGCUGCGCAGCCAUCCGACUGAAGAUGAAGUGGCUCUCUUUGUCCCUACGCGUCGUAGCAGUGCUGUUGAGGGACAUGGCGUAAAUUUUGGGAACCAGGAUGUCGCAGCCAUGUCCUGGGCAACAACUCAUCCACAGCAAAAAGAAGUUACUGGUACUGAUGAGACUGCACCUAGUGGCGGCUUUCAGCUUCAGCGCACAAUUGCGAGCCUACAAAAAGGUAUUUCUCUCCAUUUUUGCCAGGGACUCUACUGA